CUGCCGAGAAGGCUCAUUUGCACGUCGACAUGUGUUUAUGGAGGAAAGGCAACGGUAGAUGCUGUAGAAGUGUAAAUAGAACAGGGAGAUGACUCCAGUGAGAGAGUCCUCCACACUUUCUCCAGACCCCUAAAAUCGUUGAUUCAGAUUUCGAACCCUAGUUGUUAUAUUUCUGAUUAUUCUAUAUCUAAGUUGGGUUGAUUUCGUUGUUAGUUACUGCAAUUUUUUAGUCUCGGAAGUUCAGCAUCAUGGACAUCGAACAAAAGCAAGAAGAACUCAUCGAGCACUUCGUUAAUCAAGCAUCUACCUUUCAGGGUUCAUCUCUCGCCACCGUCAUCAUUGCAGCCACUUCACAUCCUUCACUCUUUGCGUUCUCCGAGAUUCUUUCCGUACCUAACGUUAUUGAGCUUCAAGGCACAGAGCAUUCCAUUUACCUUGAUUUGCUUCGGAUGUUUGCUCAUGGAACAUGGAGUGAAUAUAAGAGUAGUGCCAGUAUUCUUCCACCAUUUGCGCCUGAUCAGGUCCUCAAGUUAAAACAACUUACUGUGCUCACACUAGCUGAGACAAACAAGUUCAUGGGUCUUUUUCAGGUACUCCCGUAUGAUGUGCUAAUGCAGGAAUUGGAUGUUGUAAAUGUCCGUGAGCUUGAAGAUUUUCUGAUCAAUGAAUGCAUGUAUGUGGGUAUUGUUAGGGGCAAGCUGGACCAAUUUCGAAGAUGUUUUCAGGUGCAAUUUGCGGCAGGGAGGGAUCUAAGGCCUGGACAAUUGGGGAGCAUGAUACACACAUUAUCAAACUGGUUAAGUACAUCAGAUAAUUUACUUAUCUCGAUUCAAGAGAAGAUUAAAUGGGCCGACACCAUGAGUGAUCUGGACAAGAAGCAUAAAAAAGAAGCUGAUGAAAGGAUGGAAGAAGUGAAAAAGGCACUCUCCCUCAAGAAGUUACAAACUGUGAGCAGGCCGACAUUGACUUCCGAGGGCACGAGGAGAUGUUCUCUGAACUUGGUGGAGUGAUGGACUACGACGAAGACCGAAUCCGACCUAAGAGGCGACGACAUCCAUUGGGUUGAGGAGGGCUGGUGUGUGAUUCGAUGAUCACGGAAUGGGGAUUGUUGCAGACACUAGCUCGUUUUCUCAACAGCAUUACGAAAGAUGAUCCACCUGGUUCCCAAGAGCGAGAGAUGAACAUCUUUGAAUUUGUGAGCAUUCGACUUGUAACGAUUAUGAAUUCUAAUGUUUGAGGUUGUGAAUGAUUGAUUUUUUGGGAUAGUUUUGGUGUCCAAUUGUAUUUGAUUACAUUCUCAUUCUUGUUAUUGUUAUUGUUAUAUGUAUGUACGAUUGUUGGCAAGAAUAGUGUAUAUGCCCAUAUGGCAUUUGUGUCGAUUGUUUUUUGGUGCCAGCAUAUGCUUGUCUCAUAAGGUGUUACUUUACAUUGGAUAAUGAUGAAGAGCAAUAUAUAUUUUGGUUGA